CGUUCUACUGCACGAACGAAUUGUCCCACGGAUUCGUGCACGAUUCGGCACGAUAUCGCGUUGAAAAUAUGUUACUUACGAACGCGUGUCUCCUUCGUUGCGUCGAAUAAAGCGUGCCCAACGAAAAAGACAUGCCUACCGAGGAGAACGCGAUGGCCGACGAAAACGGAAAGAUUCCGGAAGAUCAGUUAGGACAGCUGCAGACGUGGAUCGGCACGAUUCCCUUCUCAAAGAGGAACAAAAAUUUAACGAGAGACUUCUCGGACGGUGGUACUCAUUCCCAGCAGCAAUUGCCCACUCGCGAGCGCGUAACGAGACAUUUUUCGUAAUUAUUCUCAGUGCUGAUGGCGGAGGUCCUCAAGGUAUACUACCCCCGUUACGUCGAUCUCCGUAAUUACGUGCCGGCCUGCAAUCUCACGACAAAGAAGGAGAAUUGGAACAUACUGAAUCGGAAAGUGCUCGGCAAAAUCGAUAUGAAAUUGUCGAAAGAGACAGUGAGCCAGCUGGCGAAUUCUCAUCCGGGUGUCGCUGAACAUUUGCUCCUGGAGCUGAGAAAUAAGCUUUUAAAAGAUCCCGAGCAUAAUGCUUUGUUAAAUAUCAAAGAAAAGAACUCUGAGAAGGAAGGAAAGAAGAACGAAGCCGACGUUGUCGAGGAACAUUCGGAUUCCGAUUCUAGUCGUCAAUUAACUUCGAACACGCUCGAUACCGAUAAAUCAACGAUCAGGUGUGUUAAAAGAAGACUCUCCGCUGUUCUACAGUAUCUGCUAGCUUGGCUCUGCUUUUGGACGUACUUCCCGAACAUGAAACUCCGAAGUUCCCGCAACGGAAACGCCGACGCGGCCAGGACGCAAGACACGUCGCAGAAUACCAAUCCGGAAGACGUCGUUCCUCGUCACGUCUGCGCGCAAUUGAAGCAAGAGCUCCUCGAGAAGGACGACAUCAUCUCCACGUUGAACUGCAAAGUCGCGUACCUUGAGAACGCGAUGAAAGUGAAGGACCUUCGGAUAUCGAGCCUGGCCACGCGGAUCCUGCAGAACGCGGUGAAGUCCGAGCAGCUCGCGAGGAACCAAACGAACGCGACGUUGUCCAAGGCUUGUUCUCGGCCGUUGAAUAUUCGCGAGAAGGUGAAAGUGGCGGAGUAA